AUGGCUCCCAAACAACAAAUUUCGAAAUUAAUUGUGCUCAUUCUAGCUUGUUUCUUCAUUGAAAGUAUUAAUGCUGAAAUUAGAGUUAUUAACGUCGGUGGUGGAGGUCAGCAAAAUUUAAAAUUUGACCCACAAUUUAUUACUGCACAUCAAGGAGAUAUCAUUCAAUGGAAAUUUAUUGGAGGAAAUCAUAACGUUGUUCAAAUGUCUUAUAAGGGUUCAUGUGAAAUGCAUCCUACGCCAUAUGCUUUUCGAUCCGAAACGAAUCCACCAAGCAAAAUGUUUGAGAUCGUUAUUAAUGAAGCAAAUGAUACAUAUUAUUAUAUGUGUGCCGUGGGUACUCAUUGUAGGGCUGCUGGAAUGUGGGGUGCCAUUAAUAUCGUUCCUCCUCCUAGAGAAACUCACGUUCUUCCUUCAGAAGAUAAAAAAAGUAGCCCAACUGAAAAACCAAUCGGAAUGAUACUUGGUGGCGUGUUUGGUUUUCUAAUAGUUUCAGUUGCGGGAUUCAUUUUAUUUAAAAAAUAUAAAUCGAAGCAAUCGUCAAAGAGAACAGGUCCUGAAGUCAUUAAGAUUAUUGGUAAAGAAGGAAAAAUUCCCGCUCAAGAUCUUAAGAAACCUGAUCAGGUCAAAAUUGAUAAUGUUGCCAAAGUUGUAUAA